AUGGAUGAAACGCUCGUAGCAACAACGGUCAUGGAAACGGCAGUGGCCAACACACGGUCUCGGGCUGAGGAGGAGGAUGAACCUUCGUGUCGGAUUUGUUAUUGCGUGGAAAACCCCGUCGGGUGCUUAAAAGACCUAAUAAGCCCGUGUGGGUGCAAGGGAACGGUUAAGUAUGUUCAUCGCUACUGUUUGCGCAUUUGGCGGUUUAAGGGGAAGAUGAUUAAGGACAUUAAGGUGUGUGAGCAGUGCUUUUGUGAGUACCAGGUUGAUGAUGAGAGGAAAACAUCGGUGGGGCUGGUUUCUUUAUCAACGGUUGCUGUUCUUCUUUCGAUUGUUUUGGCCACAAACAUAUUUUUGGUUUCGACGGCUGAUACGAUAACGUUUAUUGGGAAUGAUGUUAACCACCUUUUCUUUGGGCGAAAGAUGGCGGAAGGGUCCUUUGGCAGUCGCCCUAUUCUGUUGAGCCGAAUGGAAGAGGUGCCGGCUAGGCGUAAGGGGGCUUCGUCAGGUUAUCGCUUGAUUAAGCUCAACCUAGGAAGGAAGAAGCGUUCCCAUUUGGUUUGUGAUAAGAAGGUAGGGUUGUAUACACUGAAGAAUGCUCAUUUGCUUAAUGUGCUUCAGAAUGGCGUUUUUUCUUCGAUAACGGCGGUGAGUUUACUUUAUGCCUUGCUGGUAGAGAAUACUUGGAUGUUGCUUUUGAACUUGGGAUUGGCGCUUUGGCGGAUUUUGGCUUUUGGAACUCUGGCUGAUUGGGUAGUGUAUACGGGAGCCACCGCUUAUGUUUACCUGCGCAUCUAUCGGAGGUUGUACGCCCAUAUAGAUAGCUACUGUAUGUAUGUCGUUAACUUUUACUAA